ACCAUAAAUAAGAGUCAACUUCCUCGAUUCGGGAUUUAAACCGGUGACUUGAGACACCAUAAAUCACUACAAGAAAAAGCCUUAUUUAUGACCAACUUUUAGGGACGAGUUAAUAAUCUCGUCAGCAAAAAUAUAUUUAUUGGGACGAGAUAAUAUUGCGGUCCUUAAUACUAUAUUUUAUUACGAAGGUAGUAAAUCCGGUCCCUAAAGAAAGUAGUGACUGGUCCCAAAUUAUAAUUGAGGGACAUUGAGCGUGACACUGUACCGCCAAAUCCAAUACCAAAAUAUUAAAAAAAUAUUAUUUUAUGAAAAAUCAAGCGCCAAAACUAAUAUAUUGAAAUAAAAAAUUUUAAAAAGUCAAGAAACUCUCUGUAUUCUAAAACACAAGUCGCGAACAUAAGCUCUGCCCUAGUUUCUGCGCGCCAAGCUCUGCCCAGUUUCCGCCAAGCUCUGCCUGUCGCCUUUACUGUGUUUUCUCAAAAUACAAGUUGUGAAUCUGGUGGUGUGUGAAUUUGCCCAAGUUUCCAUCUCGCUCGUUGAGAAUCCGUGAAACUCUCUGUAUUCUGAUACACAAGUCGCGCCAUAAGCUCAGCCCUAGUUUCCGCCAAGCUCUGCCCGUCGCUUUUACUGUGUUUUCUCAAAACACAAGUUGUGAAUCUGGUGGUGUGUGAAUUUGCCCAAGUUUCCAUCUCGCUCGUUGAGAAUCCGUGAAACUCUCUGUAUUCUGAUACACAAGUCGCGCCAUAAGCUCAGCCCUAGUUUCCGCCAAGCUCUGCCCGUCGCUUUUACUGUGUUUUCUCAAAACACAAGUUGUGAAUCUGGUGGUGUGUGAAUUUGCCCAAGUUUCCAUCUCGCUCGUUGAGAAUCCGUGAAACUCUCUGUAUUCUGAUACACAAGUCGCGCCAUAAGCUCAGCCCUAGUUUCCGCCAAGCUCUGCCCGUCGCUUUUACUGUGUUUUCUCAAAACACAAGUUGUGAAUCUGGUGGUGUGUGAAUUUGCCCAAGUUUCCAUCUCGCUCGUUGAGAAUCCGUGAAACUCUCUGUAUUCUGAUACACAAGUCGCGCCAUAAGCUCAGCCCUAGUUUCCGCCAAGCUCUGCCCGUCGCUUUUACUGUGUUUUCUCAAAACACAAGUUGUGAAUCUGGUGGUGUGUGAAUUUGCCCAAGUUUCCAUCUUGCUCGUUGAGAAUCCGUGGUAUGCCCCUUCUUUCAAGUUGCUCUUUUCGCUGAUUGCUUCGCUUAUUCGAGUUCUUCGAUCUUCUUUUUCUUCUCCAACAUAAAAAAUUGGGUAAGGUUUCAUAUUUUGGUAUUUUUUUUCUUUUACAAAAUCAGUGAAAAGAUUAUUGGGUUGGGAUUCCUAGUUUGAUAAUUUAAUUUUCUGAAGUUUAUAUAAAAUUGUGAUUCGUUAUCCUCAGCGGCAGAUUUUAAUUGCCUUCUUUUGCUUCGUUGAUGUGUGUUUCUGCCUUCGCCAUGGGUUAACUAAUCCCUGUAACUAGCAGUCUUGUUUGUGUGCUAUAGAAGAGUGCCGAAAGCACCUUCUUGAAUUGCUAAUUGUGUUUUGUGAAAAGCUGGUGCAUAAGUUGAGAUGGAAAGCUCAAACAAGGAACUCUUAUUAAUCGCAAUGAAUGAGAUGAAAGCCUGGUACAUAAGUUGAACAUUAGGCGUUUAGUUAUAUAGGUGGCUUGUAGAAAAAUAUUGUGUAAAACAUCUUUGUUCAUUACUUGGAUUGAGUGGCAAUUUCAAAUUACUGCAAUUUUGGUGUUCUGGACUAGUGGAUUCCAUACGCAUUUGUUGUGAUCAAAUGGCUAUUAGAUAUCCGACUCCUAUGUUUUUUUUUCGAGUUUGGUAUUUUGUUUGCUUGGACAGUUACAAUCCUAGUUGUAUAUCUAAAUGUUUUAUGUUGCACUUUUGUUUGUUUGGAUGUGUUCUAAUUUGCUAUGACAUUGCUGAGUAUAAUGGUUAGGACACUUUAUCCUUAUUGGUCCAAAAUAUCUGAUCUUUUUUCUUAAAUGGCAAAAUUGUUUUUGCUCAGGCAAUAUUGUAUUGUUGUGAUAUCUCAAGUUUGAUUUUACAUGUAUUCGUCUAAUUGUUUCACUUUAGAAUGUUUAAUUGUGUCAUCAAAUGUUUUUAUAUCAAACACUGGAGUACAAAUAAAAUUAGGCCAAGGUAGGCUAAUCUUAAAAAGACGAGAAAGAAUUUAGCUUAAGAGAUGUUGGGUUUCAUGAAUGAGAAUAUAUAAUAGCUUAUAAAUUGACCUACAAUUGAGAAGUAGGUGAUGUUUUAAUGUCAAGAGUGAUUUUCAUGUAUUAUACUAUGUGAUAUUGAAUUGUUGUUUUAGAUUGUCUAUUUGUCUCUGGAGUGAUGUGAAUAACCGUGUAAAGGUAUUCAACAGUUUAGUAUCAAGCCAUGAACAUUCCUUAGCAUGUUGAGUCUAUUGUAAGGAUCUCUACCCUCCCUUAAAUGCAUUCUGAUCAACUAAAUUAGAAAGCGAGGGCUAUCGAUCAGUAGAGUCCAAUUACAUUGACCUUAAUUUUGAUCUGAGCACACUAAUUUGAUGUGGAAUAAAUCAGAUUCAGGUCCUGUAUUUGUACACCACUCAAAUGAAAGAAGAGAGGAUGUACCUUCAUAAAAUCCUGACAUUGGAACACACUUUCCACAAAUAGUUGGAGAGCUCUAAGAACAUUCUUACCUUUAUGGUGAAAAUGGAGUAAUUUGUAGUGACCAUUUAUCUGGCUUCACCACCAUUUGUCUCUGGUGUGUAGUGAAUAAUUGUGUAAAGUUAUUCAAUAGUUUAGUAUCAAGCCAUUAAAAAUAGCUACUCUAGGGACAUUGCUUAGCAUCUUGAGACUAUUCUUUCUCCAUUUCAUACCAAGUCUUGAGAAUCCAGUUGUGUGCAUUUGAUCGGAACAAGUAGUGUGCAUCGUAGUAUUUUUCUUAUCUUUUAUCUUUAUUUAAUUUAACUUUUAUUUACUCUCCAAGGUUAUGGCACCUAGUAAGUAAUGGAUGCAACUUGUUGAUAAUCGGCUCGAUAAAGCCUACUUAAUCGGAGUGCAACAGUUUUUGGAUUAUGCUUUUCAGAAAACAGGAGAAGAAUAUGAGAUACGAUGACCAUGUAUCAAAUGUUGUAAUACAACUUUAGGAACUCGUAAGACAGUUGAGACACAUUUGCAUGUAUACGGAAUAAUUCAAAAUUAUACUUUUUGGUAUCAUCACGGAAAAAAUUUAGAUGAGCCACUGUCACAAUCGGAAGACGAAGAUGGUGAUGAACUAGAAGAAUAUGAAAGUGAAGAUGAAGUACAAGAACUAUUGAGAGAUAUGUAUCCUAAUAUUGAUGGAAGAACCGUGCACACUGAUUGUGAUAAUUUAAUUGAGGAGGAACCAAAUAUUGAAGCAAAAAAUUUUGAAGGAUUUCGAGCAGCCACUGUACCAAAAUUCAAAAGCUUCAAAGCUUACCUUUUUGAUUAAAUUGCUUCACAUCAAAAGCAUGGGUCGUUGGAGUAAUGAGUCAUUUACAAUGUUAUUGAAAAUGUUAAAAGAGGAGUUGUUACCUGAUGGCGCCAAUUUGCCAAAAUCAUAUUAUGAGGCAAAGAAGAUAAUUCAAGACCUUGGCCAUUCCUACAACAAAAUUGAUGCUUGUACUAAUGAUUGCAUGUUAUACUGGAAGGAGGAUAGCUUACUUGAUUCUUGCAAAGUUUGUGGUGCGUCUAGAUGGAAAAUAGAUAGAUAUAGCGGGGAAACAAGGAAUAAAAAAGGUAAGAAGAUAGCAGCAAAGACUUUACGCUAUUUUCCAUUAAAGCCUAGGCUUCAGAGGUUGUUUAUGUCUACAAAGACAUCUAGUUUAAUGACAUGGAAUGCGGAUAAAAGAGUUGAUGAUGGAAUAAUGAGGCACCCAGCUGAUUCAAUGGCGUGGAAGUCGUUUGAUGAACUUCAUCCUUCAUUUGCGGUUGAGCCUCGUAAUGUUCGACUUGGACUUGCUAGUGAUGGAUUUCAGCCAUUUCGGAAUUCAAAAACCUCAUAUAGCAUUUAGCCUGUGGUUCUUAUUCCUUAUAAUUUACCACCUUGGUUGUGUAUGAAACAAGAAAAUUUUAUUUUGUCAAUGCUUAUUCCAGGUCCAUAGUCUAGGCGAUGCUAUUGAUACAUAUCUUCAACCUUUAAUAGAGGAAUUGAAGGAGUUGUGGGAAGUUAGCAUCGUGGAAUGAUAUUAAGGAAGAAAAACUGAAUCAUAUGUGGGCAGCUAUUGAGGAUAAAUUUGAGAGUGUUGACAUGAAUGAUCAUCGUGAUCAUAUCUUCGCAUGGAUGAAAGAGUUAUGGAACAAAUGGAGAGGACACUUGCAUGCAAAAAUAUGUGACAGAUAAGCCAAUCCAACAAGCUCUUAAGAAUAUUCCAAAUGGAGUAGACAAGAAAGAAUGAGAGUGGUUAGUAAAGGAAUAUUUUUCUUCAGAAAGUUUUCAGGGGAAAUGGAAAAGUUAGAUCAACAGAAUGAAUUCGAACUAUGAAACUAAAACAAAGGCAAAAACCAAUAGUGAGAAACAAACUAAGAUGGUCAAGAGGGAGGAUUAAAGGGAAGGCGAGAAGCAACAGGAAUGCGGCAAAUCAAGCUAAGUUGAAGAUGCUUCAUCAUAUUGGUAGAAAGCCUAUUCGUGAGAUCAUUUAUCAAAAGGGCGGAAAAGAUGGCAACCCACCGGAUUUGGCAACAAUUUUUUUUGAGACCCGUAAGAAAGAUAACAAGCUUGAUGAACCUGAAGCAAUUGAAAAACAUGCUCAAAUCGACGAAAUAGUUCAAGCAGAUCCAUCUCUACCUAGCAUAGAGAUUGUAGAAAAAUGUUGUGGACCUCAAACUCGUAGCCAUGUGUUUGGCUUUGGGGGUGGAGUGAAGGCAAAAGACUUGAAAGGUGGAACUUCUUCAAAGGCUGAAUUACUGUCUGCACUACGUUCAACUCGAGAAGAAAAUAAAUCUUUGAAUGAGGAAAACAAAUCCUUGAAUGAGCGCUUGUCUACCUUAAAAGAUGUGAUGAAAAAAAUGAGGAAAAUGAGAGAGUACUUUGCUGCUCAACAAUCACAUGUCCCGCUUACAACGACAUCGCCCAUUUCAACUGAAUGACCUCUGUUUUUGUCUGCUGACCAAGUUUUGAAGAUUGAAGCUACAAGUCAAGAUGCAAGUUUAGAAGAUGCACAAGCUAUUAUUAUUUUACUAAAAAUGUUAUGCAAAACUUGAUAUCAUAGUCUAGCUCAGGAUGUUAGCUAAGUUUUUUUUUUGUUGAGGUGUUGAGAAAACAUAGAAAGUAACAUCAUCAUGGGAUUUGAACUUGAUAUAUUAUCUUUUUAUAUCUGGAUUAUUCAAUA